CAUAUCCUCAACCAACACACAACCCGAGUAAUUCAUCACUGAUUUACCAGCGAACGAGCGAGCGACAGACGGGAUGCCAAAAACUGAAUCGAGUAUCGUCAUUGGGACUUGUGGAGGGGUUAGGAUCUGAAUAACAGCGAGAUAGCAGGAUCAAAACAGAGUAAGGGGAGGCCACGAACAGCCCGAAAAGCUCCGUGCUUUCUCUCCAUCAACUUCCCGGAGGGCUGCGCAUGCAGCCUGUGUGUGAGUUAGUGAAACUAGCUAGUCUAGUAUUGUUCUGACUUCACUACAGUGCCCACUCCGAGAGAGAGAGAGAGGACGCACAACAAAAGGGAAAGAAAGGAAGCAAGGACGGACUAAUUAUAACGAACACGGUUGUAGUUGAACGUAAUGGUCCUGCGAUACCAAUCUUAGAUCCCAAGAUUGAUCAGUUUUAGUUCUGUUUGGUUUGCGUCUUGGUCGCCGAGAGUGGACUCGUCGGGUGGUGUUGCGCUGAGCUGAAACGGGGCUGUCCACAUGGUCCAACCACUGGUGUGAAAGUUGACUUCUUCAGAAUUCAAGAACAGGUGCCACGUGAUGAUGGUGGAAUCGGCCUCUGAGACCACUCGAACUACGCCCUCCAAUCAGAACGGAGUCAGCAGCCUCAGCAGCCAUUCGGACGGCGGGGGAGGGAGAGAAGGCGGGUCCAACGGGGACACCAAUGGGGAGAUCAGCCCAGUGGACCUACUGCACCUCCAGCAGCAGCAGGCCCUGCAGGCAGCCAGACAGUUCCUCCUCCAACAGGCCUCUGGACUCAACUCCCCCAGCAGCAACGAGGUGAAACAGAGCCCGGUGCAGGUGCCAGUGUCCAUGACUAUGUUGGCCCCCCAGAUGAUCAGUCCUCAACAGAUGCAGCAGAUCCUGUCCCCUGCUCAGCUACAGGCCCUGCUGCAACAACAACAGGCCAUCAUGCUACAGCAGCUACAGGAGUACUAUAAGAAGCAGCAGGAGCAGCUGCAUCUUCAGCUUCUGACACAGCAGCAGCAGCAGGCUGGGAAGCAGGCGGCCAAAGAGAGUCUCCACUCACCUGGUGUCCCAGGUCUGAGAGGAAGAAAGAGAAGCAGCACUGCUGAGGACCUCGAGGCCCGGAGGUGCUCACCCUACUGGUUAGAAUGGGUAUGGCAGCAGCAGAUAGGUAACAAGCAGUUGGCCUUCCAGCAGCAGCUCAUUCAGAUGCAGCAACUUCAACAGCAGCACAUCCUCAACCUGCAGAGACAAGGCCUGGUCUCCCUACAGCCCAGUAACCCCAUGCAGAGCCUGCAGCAAGCCAUGUGUCCUGGGGACCUGCAGCAGCUGUGGAAGGAGGUGUCGGGGGUGCAGUCUGCAGAGGAGGCCCUGAAGCAGCAGCAGACUGGAGAGGGUCUGGACCUCAGCACCAACUCUACCUCAACCUCCUUCCCCAAAGCAAACACACGCAGCAGCCUGCACAAUGGACAGGACAACCACACCCCAAAGAGAGACAGAUACAGAGACAGGUACAGAGACAGAGCAAGACUCUUUGAAUGGAUCUCCUCCUUCAGCAAGGCAGACCUCGGAGAUGAACACCUCGUGCCUUAUACCAAAGGCGGCCCACUAUCCAGCAGCCACCAUGAGGAGCAUGCAGGUUCCCAUCCUCUCUAUGGCCAUGGAGAGUGUAAAUGGCCUGGCUGUGAGGCUCUGUGUGAUGACAUGGGACAGUUCAUCAAGCAUCUGAACAACGAGCAUGCUCUGGAUGACCGCAGCACAGCCCAGUGCAGGGUGCAGAUGCAGGUGGUACAACAGCUGGAGAUACAGCUGUCCAAGGAGAGUGAACGACUGCAGGCGAUGAUGACCCACCUGCACAUGCGCCCUUCGGAGCCAAAGCCUUUCAAUCAACCUCUGAACCUGGCGUCCAGUGGCUCCCUGCUGAAGAGGGAGAGCGAUGCGUACCCCGAGGGUCUACCUCACCCCCCCACCUCCGCCGCCGCCCCUAUUACCCCGGUCCGCCAGGGCCCCUCUGUCAUCAGCUCCUCCAGCCUGCACUCACACUCACACUCACACUCACACUCACACUCACACCCGCACGGCGUGGGACCCAUACGCAGGCGCAUCGCUGACAAGUUCUGCACCCCCAUCGCCUCAGGUAUACGAGAGGAGCUGGCGCAGAACUGUGAGUUCUAUAAGAACGCUGACGUCAGACCUCCCUUCACCUACGCCUCUCUCAUACGCCAUGCCAUUCUGGAGGCUCCAGACAUGCAGCUGACUCUUAAUGAGAUCUAUAACUGGUUUACACGAAUGUUCGCCUACUUCAGGAGAAACACAGCCACAUGGAAGAAUGCUGUGCGCCACAACCUGAGUCUGCAUAAGUGUUUUGUGAGGGUGGAGAAUGUGAAGGGGGCCGUGUGGACGGUGGACGAAGUGGAAUACCAAAAGAGAAGACCACCAAAGAUGACUGGGAGUCCUACUCUGGUGAAGAAUAUGAUUUCAGGCCUGGGCUUCGGUUCCCUAAACGCCAGCUACCAGGCGGCCCUUGCAGAGAGCAGUCUGACUCUGUUGAACAGCCAGGGCCUGGUUAACCCCUCCUCUGCCGCCAGCCUCAGCAUGCUACACGGGAUGGGUCACAAUGACGUCAGCUCCACUGUGGAACAGGUCAACAGCAACGGUAGCUGCAGCCCUACACUCAGCCCACAGCAGUAUGGACACCAGGUCCAUGUGAAGGAAGAGCCCACUGAGGUUGAGGAGGACAGACGCUCUGUGUCGCUCAUGGCAACUAUCACUCAUGGCAACAUGGCAUUGCCUAGCGAUCAGGAUGACCGAGAUUUGGAGGAUGAGCUUCCAACCGACGAGCUGGAGUAGGAUUGGAAGAGCUGAACCAGUGGGCGGGACUUUGAGGUUUAAUCCCGCCCCCUCCAUUGGAGGGAAGAGAAAUUAUGACACAUAAAAAAGAAGAUAUAGAGAGUUUAAAAAAAGUAUGAUUUCUUUUAAAGCAAGAAACCAACAACAAUGAGAAACUUCAAACAGGGUUAGACCUCCGUUAUGUACCGAUGCAAAAAUAACACUCUGGAGCAUUGCUUUAUCCCCACACGUUUUCACCCACCUCACCACCCCCCCUCCUCCCCCACCCUAUGAGCAGCGUAUUGCCAGAGAGACAGCUCUCAGUGGUGAUAUGGAGGUUCCCCCUUCUCCUCUGUCCUCCUCUCCCUGCUGAUUGUGACAGAUGGUCUGCCCGCCCUACAGUCCUUUAGUGCUGGUAGUUUGAUGUUCACACCACUUAAAUAUACAUACAGGUGUGUGUGAGGGAGAGUGUAGACACACACACACACCAGAUCAUGUAUAUAUAUUUUGGAACAGUCACCAGGAUGUGUAUAGUUCUCCUCCAAUCCUGUCAGUCGCUUUUUACUUUCUUCUGUUAACUGAGACAGAAGGAAAGACAGUUGUAGUUUUCUCAAAGAUUACCCCACAUCUGCUCACACAUCAGAAACCAAGCGUACAAGCCAGUCAGUGAUCCAUAGGUGAGACUGAGACUGGAUGGCAGGCCUCUGCCCUAAGCCCACUCUCCACCCAUUCUCUGCCCAAGCCAGACAAGACUCUCUCUCCUCCUUAAGCCAAACACAGAAAGAAGAAAUCCCCCAUCCCCACAAAACAGAUUUCAGGAAGAGGACCCUUUGUUGCAUUACUCCUUCUUCAUGCGUUAUAGAGUGAUGAGCCCAGGCCACCGAGAGAGAGAGAGAAAGAGAGGUAGGAGAGAGGGAGGGAGGGAGCAUCCACACAGCGAUAUCUGAAUAAAAUGAGGGUUGAGGAUUAUGGAAUACAAAAAAUGUUUCCCAAAAAGUGGUAUCGUUUUCACAUCUUCUUUUAUUUGAUGGUUUCUUUGUUUAUUUUUUAGGGUCAAUAUUUCCAUGGUGAUAUAAUUCUGUUUCAAAGUGUAUUUUGUAGUUUUUUGUUGUUAUUGACUCUGCUGGUUCACACCAUUCUAUACUAGUAUUGUCAGGAAAGAAAGCGUUGUUCCAAAAAUACCCAUACCCAACCCACCCUACGCUGAAUACCUUUCUGUGUGUCUGGGUGUGCCCGUUUAGAUGGCAGGAGAUUGAGAAUAGCACUUAGGAUCUGGGGCCUCAGCUCCCUGAGAACACUCACUCAUUAUCCCCACAAUUUGUCAUACAUUUUUAUUAUUCCUUUUCAACUCAUUCCUUUUUAUUUUAUCUUCUCGUAGUUAGUUGAGAAACAUCAGCUGUGAUACAAAGCAAUGCUUUAAAAAAUAUAUUAUUACGGUCAGAGAAUACCUCAUCCCACAAAGGUUCCAUCUGGAACUGUGUCCAAAAUGUUAAAGAAAUAAGGGGAAUUCUUUCUGCGGGACACCAAAAUGUGGCAACUCAGUUUCAGUUCAAAGUUCUAUUGUUACUAUAGUUACUGUAUAGAAGCUAUCUGCAAUUCACUGUGUGAGUUGGACUAAAAGAAUAGCACGUGAGAUUACAAAUCUUUUGUUUUCAGUGAGCAUAAAAGCAUUACCUUCUCUGCAGUGCCAUACCAAAUUUAAACACAUUAUUUUCAUGUAUUUUCUGCUUUUUUCCCAUUUUAUUUUUGUUACAGGUAACCAAAGAAAUGUGUAGAAAACCAAAAACCCUGUAGUUUAUUUUUCCCCUUUUUGAGUUUUUCCUCUAAAGAACUGGCCAAAAGACAACCAACACCUGAAAUCUAAGUUAUCAUUGUAUUAUCGUAACUCUUGCGUUGAAUUUGUUCAUGACAGUACUGACCAUUCCAAAAACCAAAGUAUAAAAUGCUAAAUAGAAUUUGGUGAUGUUAAAAGCUUUUUACAUGCGUGUUAACUGGUGCGAAUGACGACUCACGUUAGGUAUGCUAUGGUAGAAGGCCAAAAACAGUAUUAACAAACAGCCUCUUGCAGUUCCUUCGAUAAAGAAAGAAAGCGCUUAGGAUUUAAAUGUGUAUCUCUCCAUGCUCAGGCUACCUGUGUUUCAAACACAACCCUAAGAGAGGCUCCGCUGUGGGCAGGCCUAAGAUAGGCUUUACAGUUAAAGAUGGCAAAUCAUUAUCUUACCCUCAUAAGGCACUUGAACACAACAUUUAUAUCCCUUUAUUUGACACUAGAAGCCAGCAAAAAACUAACUGUGGGCUGUUGUCUGUUGUCCAUUAACCAGGGAUACCGGGCCCCAAAAAUACAUUGUUAUUGCACUGCAAUAAUGCAUGUUUGGAUUAAUUUCCUCAACCAAACCAAUGCUUUCAUUGUGAAACUCAACACUAUAAAUUCAAACAACCCUUCGUGCUAUGCAGCAGAAUGUUAUCUUCUUGACCCGGGUACCAGUUAGACUGAAUAACAAACGGUUUAGCGGGGAACGGUUUAGCGGGGAACGGUUUAGCGGUGAACGGUUUAGCGGGGAACGGUUUAGCGGGGAACGGUUUAGCGGUGAACGGUUUAGCGGUGAACGGUUUAGCGGUGAACGGUUUAGCGGGGAACGGUUUAGCGGUGAACGGUUUAGCGGUGAACGGUUUAGCGGGGAACGGUUUAGCGGUGAACGGUUUAGCGGGGAACGGUUUAGCGGUGAACGGUUUAGCGGGGAACGGUUUAGCGGUGAACGGUUUAGCGGGGAACGGUUUAGCGGGGAACGGUUUAGCGGUGAACGGUUUAGCGGGGAACGGUUUAGCGGUGAACGGUUUAGCGGGGAACGGUUUAGCGGUGAACGGUUUAGCGGGGAACGGUUUAGCGGUGAACGGUUUAGCGGGGAACGGUUUAGCGGUGAACGGUUUAGCGGGGAACGGUUUAGCGGUGAACGGUUUAGCGGGGAACGGUUUAGCGGGGAACGGUUUAGCGGUGAACGGUUUAGCGGGGAACGGUUUAGCGGUGAACGGUUUAGCGGGGAACGGUUUAGCGGUGAACGGUUUAGCGGGGAACGGUUUAGCGGUGAACGGUUUACUUACUGUACCUUCUGUGCUGCUCACCUACAGUAUACUCUAGCAGACACAACAGUUUAACAAAUACCAAAAAGGACCAGUGUUAUUAUGAUACAUAGGAACAAUGAUAAUUGUUCACUCCUAUAUUGUCUUCAUGCUCUCACAUUGCUAUAGAAACACAUUCAUAUCCCCAGUCUCAGAUGUGCUGUGAGUAGUUGUGAUAAAGACAGUUUGAAGCUGGCUGUCAUCCCAACCAUCACAUCAAUGGACAGGGAGGGAGGGCUAUUCAGAACAGACAUACCAUUAUGACUACUUGUGAUAUUUACAGCAAAGAGGGACUAACAAACGACAAAAUCAUGCAUAUGUAAAAGGAACACGCCAAGGGACAUGCAACCUAUGUCUUUUUUUCUAAAACAACAUUCGGGGAAGAGUUUUGUCAAAUCAACUCUUCACUUCAGACCAUUUGCUUUCUUUUUUAAAUAGAGGAGUCUUUGUAUUAACUUCCUGUGUAAAACAGCACUGUCUCCUGUCUAAGUAGGGUUAUGAUGCUUCACGUCAUCAGAUUGAUUUAUAACAAACAAAGUGGGAGAGGGACACCUUGAAACGAGAGAAAAAACCAAAAAUAACACUACCUCCUUUUCAAAAUGGUUCACACAAUAAAAGCAAAUGGGAGACUGGAGACCCUAAAUAUUUCUGUUUUUUUCCCAUUCUUCCUCAAUAAUAAUAGUGAAAUAUACCAAAACACAGCUUACUGUUACUACACAUUUUGUGGGUCUGAAAAAGCUUGUCUGGCUAUCUGGACUCCAAAUUCACGAGCAUGAGCGCAAAAACAAAGAGACGUUACAACAACGUUGCAUCCCGUUAAAGAUGACUACCUCUCCUAAAACCACAGAGAACCGGUGCGUUCUCCUGAGAGUGAAGAGUGAAGUGGUUUAAAAGGUCUACUCUCAGCUGGGUAUUAUUGGCUGUCUUUGUGCUUUCAUUAGCAUAUGGCUCCGUGAACAGCCUCUUAAUUGGGUGCUCUAAUUGUAUGCACGCAUAUUGAUGAGCAGGCUUUGCCAGCAGCCAAUGAUAGUCCGGUCGUUAGUGGCGAUUCAAUGGGGCAGGAAGCUGAUUGUCAGGAGGGAGGCGGGUUAGAAUAUAUCAGUGCCCGGCACCCGCCAGUGGGCCACACACACACUAGUGCCCGCCACACGCCAGCGGCCCGCACUUCACAUUAAUGCAGAAAACGGCUGUAAGAUGGCAGCGAUAAAAGACACACUCUCUUACAGUCUGUUGUCAGUGUUCAGUCCAAAGGGCCCUGAGUACCAGUCAGAGCUGGGAAUAUAAUCCCUGUGACAUGGAGCUGUCCCCUCAUGGUGAAUAGUGGCCGCUGUCACUAGGAGCCGGGCCCCUGGUGGCCCCUGUGGUUCAGAGAGCUGAGGAGCGGCUCUGAGUAACUAAAGAUACUAUCCAAAGACAAACACAGAGCUUACUGUACACUGUACACCCUCAAUCGCCACUCGCUGGGAGAAGGGCAAUAAUAACACACGCUUACAAAGGAAUUUAUCAUUACUACUAUUAUUAUUGUUAUGAUCCAAACUCUCAUGAAUGAGGAACUGCUGCAUUCAGUAAAUAUAAAUGAUCUUUGAAUUCUUGUGCUUUAAGGUACACCUGUAAACCACGCUGUUUUAUAAAGAUGUAGAUUGACAUUCGUUGAUGGUGUUGACAGAUCGUCAUAGACGAUUCUGUUCCUUCUCUGGCUUUGCUGUUAUGAUGUAUUAUUGUAUAUUACCGCUUGGCUUAGCUCUCGAGGGCAUUCUUUCCCAUUAUGUCUUUUUGAUUUUCUGUUGCGUUCAUUUUCUGCACCUGUUUAGCUAUUGUAAAGCUUCCAGCUCUGAUUCCUAUACUGUAUUGCUAAUGCUGAAGUGUAUGUAUUUUAUCAUAUUAAGUGCCGCAGGUAUCUGGGUUUAAUAGUUUUUGUUUUGUCCUUUUUUUCAGUUUUCUUCAUAAAAACGUCUGGGACGAUGAUUUUUUAAGUGUAUUAUCUCUAAAAAAUGAAAUAACUAAAGUUAGAUAAGUGGUUUAGGUAACACCUGUUUGUAUAUUUAUCUUAGCUAGGUCUAUUUUGAUACUUUUGUCUCUGUACUGCAUUUAUGCAUUUUUAAGGAAAGAAAAAGAAAAACUUACUGAAAACAAUGUAAAAAGUUGACUUCAUUAUGUAUUGAUGAUACCUCAGAAGGACUUUUCUCUAAGACAGGACCAAAACCUCAGAAAAAAAAGAGAAAAAGAAUUGAAGAAAAUAUGUUGCUUUUGAAGAUGAAGCAGUGUUGAGGUGACGUUUUUGGUCCUUAAGGUGCCAAUAUGUGUCCUCUGAUCCCUGACCCCAGUCAUUCCUGAUGACCUUUAAGCCUCACAGCUGUCAAUCACUCCACAGGGCAACUGGGCGUGGCCCUGAGUCACACACCUGGUGACUUUUGUCCAAUCAGAAUAUUUGUUUUCUUGCAUUCCCAAACACAACGACACAGACACAAACACACACACACAUUCUAAUGGCUUUCAGAAAUCCAGUUAAUCUUCAGUGAGUGGCCGUGGCACAUCAGCUAACAGACUACCACAACCGCAACCAAACCAACCCUAGGCAAUGCUCUAGAGCAACACCAAGGUGAAUGUCCUGUAUUAGCAACGUAAUAUACCACAAGCUACUUCCCAUACCUCGAACCAUUCUACGCUAUCACUAUCAUCUCUCAGACAAGCACUCUUCCUAUUGGAUCGUUAGUGACUCCGGGGACCUACAUGGGCCCGCCCCCGCUCUAUGAUUGGACAGCUCUGAGGUGUCAUGUCGAGGAGAAGAGGUCUUAAAGGGGUGUUGCCCGAUGGUAUUAUUAACUUCACGGCCCAGAAAAAUGGAACUACCACUUCAGCUGUCCUCUGGUUGUAUCUUAGGAAUGUGUGUACAUUUUCAGCAGUGACUCUCUGUAACGUUACUUAGUUUCAGUUUACCUGUUUACCUCUUAUCUUUUUAUUUCAUUCUGUUUGUUUACUUUGUAAGUGUGACCCAGGCGAAGGGGUACAGUAGGAGCAGGCGGUGGUUUUUCAGACGGUCUAAAAGAGGUUUUAAAAAAGGCAACUGCCACCGAGACCUUUGCCCUUUCCCCUUUGCCCUUUCCCCCUUCCCUGGGUGGCCAUGUAAUGCCAGUCACUGCCCUUUUCCUCAUGCUGUAUAAAACACACACAUAUAUCUGUGUAUUUGUAACCUGAAUCUUCUUGUGUCUGUCCAUGCAGACAAUAAAACAGCUGUACAGUAGGUCUAGUUGCAUGUAAUCUGUACUAAUUAUUGACAAUGGCAUUAUAAAAUGCAAUAAAAUACUUAUUACACUGUC